AAAAAGACGGUUUAAAUAAGCUGGGCAGAAGAUUCCGUUGGAAGGGAUCGGCCUUAAAGAGCAUUUGAUGCUGCUUAAAAACCGCCUGUUCUCUCUCCUCUUUCUUUCUCUCCUCCAUUCUUCUCGUCUUCACUUUUCGCCAACCCGCGUCCGAACGAUACCUCCUCUUUCCCCUAAUACUCUCUUUGAACAGAACCAUGCGUUUCUCCAUUUUUGCCAUUGCUGCAACCCUUGUCAGCGCUGUCCUCGCCCAGGAGGUCUUCCCCACCAGCCCCAUUGCCAACACUGUCUGGUAUAAAAAUACCAAUGCCACCAUCCGCUGGAAGGUCCUUUCUCCAACAACCGACAAGCAGAAGCUCAAGAUCGAUCUCCUGAGUGGACCCACCCCUCAAACCAUGCAGGUGGUUGACACCUUCGGCACUUUCGAAGCCGGCGCCAAAUCUGCAGUGGUUGCCGUUAGCAAGUCUCUCGCUACGGGCUGGUACACACUGAGGAUCGGAGAGAACUCGUACACGCACACAUUCCUCAUCAAGACUGACUCCAAGGAGACCUACACUGUUCCCGAGCCCCAGGCAACGACGACGACGAUUGGACUCCCAACCACGACCCUUCCCUCGACUACGACCACGACCACAGCCACAGCCACUGGCUUGCCAUCAGGCAGUGUCUCGACUAGCACUCCUACGCCGACCAACAGGCUCAAUGCAGCUUCGGGAUUCCUCAAGUCCGGAAGUGUCUUGUCCUUGGCUGCUUCUGCCGCUGUUGCCAUCGCUGCCUCCUUGGCCCUUUAAUUUCUUUUCGGUUGACUCUUUUUUUUUAUCAAGCUUGGAUGAACGAAGUGCUGGAUAUUUCAUUCGUCUAUUCUCCCAUCUAGAAUUCACCGAAAAGUAAAAAAAA